AAUGCAAACGAGGCAAACUAGAUUCCAUCUCAAAACAAACAUACUAGAUGUGGCAUGUUUGCACUCUCCCAACGGCCAAAGUGUCCUUAUGAUAGCGCGAACAACGAAAGGGAAGCCUUCAACAUUCUGCCGACUUUUAACGCCGGGAUAAUAUUUCGAAGAGCAAACAUUCCCGUGGCGUAGCCUUCUGUUAUUUUAACGUGUCCUCUUCUCCUGUCCCUUAAUUUUCCUUCCGUUCUUUAUAUUCAACAUUUCCACGGUUCCGAGCUGUCAACUUUCCAAGCUUCUGUCUCAUAUACAACAAUUUACCGAUUCUAAACCACCGCAUACUCUGCCUGAUGUAUUUCACAACCGUAUAGGAGGGAGGGGCCUUUGCCAGUUUUUAGAAUUCCUCCUUGUGGUCUUCUCUUUUACCUUCUACUUUUCUCGAAGAGGUGGAAUUGGUCCAAUUGGUAUCAAUACAGCUAAUCUCAUAAUGGCUCCCCCGGGCCGACGACGACCUGCUUCAGCGCGAAUAGUCUCACUAUACUUUCUCUCCUCCGUCCUCGCAUUCCUCAUUCUCACAGCUCUUCCCGCUCAGGUUUCCGCGGCUGGUUCCGCAAUCAUAGGAAUAGAUCUUGGAACAGAAUACAUAAAAGCCGCUCUGGUGAAGCCGGGGGUACCUCUCGAAAUUGUCUUGACCAAGGAUUCUAAGAGAAAGGAAGCUGCCGCUGUGGCAUUCAAGCCGGCGCGUGAACAAAAUGCUGUUUUUCCCGAGCGAUUUUAUGGUGGCGAUGCGCUCUCGCUUGCCCCUCGGUUCCCCGACGAUGUGUUUCCGAAUCUGAAAGUUCUCUUGGGUAUUCCGCUGGAGGGUGGAGUCCAGGGCUCCAGUGACAACGAGGAAAAUGUCGUUGAGAUGUACAAGAGCCGGUAUCCCGCUCUUGAUAUUGGGGAAAUCCCGGGACGGGCUACUAUUGGGAUUAAAAGCAAAAGCCUGGCAGAAGAGCAAGGUCGGGAUCGUUUUAUGGUGGAGGAGUUAUUGGCUAUGCAGUUGAAGCAGGUUAAAGCCAACGCGGAAGCGAUGGGUGGCCAGAGGUCCGAAAUCCAGGAUGCCGUCAUCACUUUCCCGCCGUAUUACACUGCGGAGGAGAAGCGGAGCGUGGAGUUAUCGGCAGAACUGGCUGGGUUGAAUGUGAUCGCUAUGAUCAGCGACGGGUUGGCUGUUGGUGUCAACUAUGCCACCAGUCGGACUUUCCCCAGCGUAUCAGAUGGAAAGAAACCAGAGUACCAUGUCGUGUAUGAUAUGGGCGCUGGUUGUACAUCUGCGACUGUUCUUCGGUUCCAAAGCCGGUCUGUCAAAGAUGUUGGCCGGUUCAACAAGACUGUUCAAGAAGUACAAGUUGUAGGUAUUGGUUGGGAUAAGACGUUGGGCGGUGAUGCCCUGAAUCAACUGAUUGUUGACGACAUGAUCGAGAAAUUCGUUGCUACUGGAAAGCUGAAGGACGACACCCCACCGGAGAAACUCAGGAUCCAUGGGCGGACAAUGGCAAAGCUCUGGAAAGAGGCGGAAAGAGUUAGACACAUUUUGAGCGCCAAUUCAGACACUGCGGCCUCUUUUGAGGGUCUAUACCAUGACGACGUUAAUUUCAAAUAUGAAAUCACGCGGGCUCAAUUCGAGAAACUCGCAAAGGCUCACGCUGCCCGUGUCUCAGCACCAUUGACUGAGGCUUUGGCGUCUGCGAAACUCUCCCUGGGGGAUGUGGAUUCUAUUAUUCUUCAUGGGGGAACAAUUAGGACGCCAUUUGUACAGAAGGAGCUUGAAGCGGCCUCCAAAGAAUCCGUCAAGGUAAGAAGCAACGUAAACGCCGAUGAAGCUGCCGUGUUUGGCGCAACCUUCAAAGGCGCAGCCCUUAGUCGAUCCUUCCGAGUCAAGGAUAUCAGAGCAGGAGAUAGUCCUGGGUUCGCUGUGGGAAUGAGAUGGAAGUCAGGAGACAAGGACAGGCAUCAGAUGCUUUUCACACCAUUCUCCACAAUUGGGGCUGAAAAACAGGUGACAAUGAAAAUCCUGGACGACUUUAACUUCAUCUUGUAUCAGCAGUUUACCCGCAAUGGCAAAUUGGUCGAAGCACCUCUUGUCGGCAUCGAAACCACGAACUUGACUCAAUCCGUGGCCACUCUCAAAAGUAAAUUCGGCUGUGUUGCUGCAAAUAUUACCGCCAAGCUCUCCAUCCAGCUAAGCCCCCUUGACGGUAUUCCUGAACUUGUCUCUGGGUUCGUGAGCUGCGAGUACGUGAGUGACGAGAAGAAGGGUGUGGUUGAAGAUGUGAAAGAAUUCUUUGGCUUGGGUUCCAAGAAGGGUGAUCAACAGCCACUUCAGGAUGAUCUAGCAAACGAGUCUAUUACGCUGGAUUCCGAAUCCUCAGCAACUACCUCUGCGUCUACUACUACAACUUCUUCUUCUGCCAGCGAGUCUGCGUCUGCAAGUUCAACCACGGAAUCAGCAACCAAACCAUCCAAAAACAUUAAAGUUAAGACCGAAACCAUACCGAUCGCAUUCGACACCUCUGUGCUUGGCAUCCAGCAACCUUCAAAAGACGAUCUGGCACGCAUCAAGGGUCGUCUCGCCGCGUUUGACGCCUCAGACCUUGCCCGCUUUAAGCGUGAAGAAAUGUUCAAUAACCUUGAAGCAUUUAUUUACCGCACCCAAGACCUCGUCGAUGAUGAGACAUUCCUAAAAAUGAUACCCGCAGUUGACCUCGCCAAGCUGCGAGAAUCGCUCUCAGAAGCAAGCGAGUGGCUCUACGGAGAUGGUGCUGACGCAGUAAUCGAUGACAUCAAGACAAAACUGGAUGGUUUGAAGGAAUAUGUCAACCCAGCCCUCAAACGGAUGAAAGAAUAUUCCCUCCUCCCCACUAAAAUAGAAGUUCUACAAAAGAGCCUAGAAAACGCGAAGAUGCUCGUCGAAAUUUUGCAAAAGCAGGUAGAUGCCCAGGAGAGCAUUCGCUCCGCUACAGAAUCAUCGUCAACGACGUCCACGCCAUCCAAUGAACCGUCUUCCCCUUCCUCAUCGGAUGAUUUCGCCUCUCUUGAAGACGACUCCAUCUCCUCCUCCACAACAGCAACAACAACAACCUCCACCCCGUCCCCUAAAGCCACCCAGUCACCCUCCUUCACAGGUAUCGAUGUCUCCUCCCUCUCGAGCGCCUACUAUAGCAUAACCUCCUGGCUCGAGAAACAGCUCGCACUUCAAGAAAAAUUAAGCCAGUCCGAAGACCCUGUUUUAACUGCAACAGACAUAGAUGCAAAACUUCGAGAAUUGGAGCGGGAGUUGAAUAAAGUUAUGGAGAAGAUGACUCGUCCUGGGGGUAGCGAGCAGUCUGGCGGUAACGGGAAAUCGAAGCAGAAGAAUGGGAAAGAGAAGGAGGAGACACAGAGGGAGAAAGUAAAGGAGAAGGAGGAGAAGAAGAAAGGGCGCGAUGAGCUGUAAUAACAACCGUCCUCAUUAUUGGGCUUGAUAACUUUUUUUUUUUUUUUUUUUUGUU